AGAAGCUGUACUGAGCAGGUUCUGAAUUGGUUAGCUACUUAGAAAUAAUAAACCUGUCUUUAUAAACUUUGGUCAUGGAUAACAGUCUGACUUGCAAUAUUUGCUUGGACCGGUACAAAAACCCAGCGACUUUGCCAUGCGGUCACAACUUUUGCAUGGACUGCAUCUCCAAACACUGGGAUGAGAGAGAAAAAUGUGAACCUCAGGAUGUUGCAUUCAACUGCCCGGUAUGUAAAGAAACAUUCGUCCCUCGACCCAGUCUGAACCGGAAUGUGUGUCUGGCAUUUUUGAGUGAAGCAGAGCGAGAUGCUGGUAUGUCAUGUAGCUCAGACGUAGCUCAAGGCGGCCCCGAACAGCAAUGUGCGCAACAUCAAAGACCUCUUAUCUUCUACUGCAGGACCGAGCGAGUAUGUGUGUGCUCUGAAUGCUCAGUGAACGAGUGCAAGGAACAUGACAAGGUGCUGGUGGAGGAGGAGAGGAGUAACAGAGAGGAGGGAUUGAAGGAAAAGGGCAUGAAGAUCAAGAGAUGCAAGGAAGAAGCAGAGCAGAACAUUCAGACACUCACAGAAAACAUUUCUAAAGCUAAGGUGUCACUGCAGCAGACAUCUCUCUUUGUAGAUAACAAGUUCUCUCAGCUGCUGAGGGUCCUGAUGGAAAAACAAGAAAUGAUAAAGAACUUCGUAGAGCAGCAGAGGACCAGCACUCUGGCUCAAGCUGAGGCUCGGCUCCAUGAUCUGCAGGAAAAUGUUCAGCGGCUAGAAGCGCUUGAGGACCAGAUCAGCAGCCUCUGUGCCCUUCCCCACUGCCAGUUCAUCCAGGACACCAGGCUGGUGGAGGUUCCUCAGAUCAGACAGGUUCCUUUAGAUGUUAGUGUAAAUGUGCAGGAUAAAUUGGCUCCUGUCACAGAUGUGCUGUCUCGCAUUGCUAAGCUGGUUUGUGAGGAUCUGGAUAAAACUGUGUAUGCAUCUGUAAUCCACAAUAAAGAAGGCUCUCCUCAGGACAAAAGGCCAAUGCUGGCUGUGGUGCCCAGUCCUGCCACUCCAUCUUCAUCUUAUCCAGCAGUAAAGGAAGGCCUUAAUCAAUACGGUCGUUCUUUGACAUUUGACCCAUGCACAGCCUAUGCUCACCUUCAGCUUUCUCAGAAUAACCAGCGGGCAGAACACUUGAUCUCCGGGCCCCACUCAGUUUUAGAACACCAGGAUCGUUUCGACUACACCUGGCAGGUGUUGUGCUCUGAGAAUUUUACGCAAGGUAUCCACUAUUGGGAGAUGGAGGUGUCCAAACCAUGGGCAUACGUGGGUGUGACGUACCCCGAUAUCCCACGCAAGGAAACAGGCAAGACGGUAAAACUGGGAAUGAAUAAUUUGUCAUGGAGUCUGCAGUUAGAUGAGCGCCAGUUCACCGCUUGGCAUGCUGCGAAAUCAGAGCGCGUAUCAGGACAAGUGCAACCACAUACACAGUCGCUGCGGAUCGGCAUACUGCUCGACUAUGAGGGAGGGACUUUGACCUUUUAUGGAGAAAACCAGGUGAGGCUGCACGCCUUCCAUUGCGUGUUUACCCGCGAGCUGUACCCUGCUUGCUGGAUUGGGGAGGGGGUCACGGUUACUCUCUGCCCACCAUGAACCUCAAAAAUGUUUUCAGAGUACAGCACUGAACUGAAAUCCAGGAACACCAUGGGUGUUGUAACUAGGUUUCAUAUUUUUAGCUCUUCACUCCACUUCGAGGAUGCAAAGAAAAGGGGGUAGAACAG